UGCCAUUGCUGUGCAAGGUUCGCUAAGUACUGGGCUAGUCGGACUUGCAUUGGUCAACCUCAUCAGUUUGGCUGGCAACGUGAAGCUCCUAGUCAUGCAGUGGGCGCUGCUGGAGACAUCACUUGGCGCGGUGGCCCGCAUCAGGGCAUACGAGAGCAUCACGCCAUCUGAAGUCAAGUCUGAUGAGGACCGGGAGGUUCCUACCAACUGGCCACGUCAAGGAAAGGUGGAAAUUGUCCGAGCAUCGACACGGUACUCGGAUGCUGGUCCACUCGCCCUUAGUAACCUCUUGUUGUCGAUCCCAGCCGGGAGUAGAGUCGGAAUAUGCGGACGCAGUGGGAGUGGCAAGACAUCGCUCUUUUCUGUCCUCCUACGGAUGUUAGACUUGCAUAGUGGUUCUGUCAUGGUAGAUGGCAUCGACAUCGCCAUGAUCCCUCGAGCCAAAGUUCGAGCCCAAUUAAACGCGGUCCCUCAGGAGGCUUAUUUCUUGCCGAACACCUCUAUUCGCGCAAGCAUUGACCCAUCUGAUCGCCUUGGAGAUGAUGAGAUUAUCGCUAUCCUCAAGGAGGUCGAAUUAUGGGAACCCCUCGGUGGUGAGGAUAACAUAGCAGUCCUCGACCUAGUCCUUAGAGAUGGGCUUCUCUCACACGGUCAACGACAGCUGCUUUCACUCGCCCGCGCACUGGCGCGACGAGUGGCGGCUGGCAACAUCCUGCUCCUAGAUGAAGUAACCAGUCAUCUGGACCGGAGAACGGAGGAGACAAUAAGACAGGUCGUCCGUCGCUGCUUUUCUGGGUAUACAGUCAUCUCCAUAGCGCACCGUCUGGAGACCAUUGUUGAUUUUGUCGUUGUGGUGGUGCUGGAUGCAGGGAGAGCUGUUGAAGUUGGUGCACCCAAUGAGCUCUUGUCUCUGUCAACCUCCACAUUUAGGCAUUUGUAUGAGAAGCAAAAGUUGAGCGGCUGAUGAGUACAUGGGUUGUUGAUAUGAUGAGCACUCCGGGAGCACUCAUAAAAGCGGCGGCAUCCCAAUGAGGCAACCAGGCGGGAUCUGCCAAAAAAC